AUGUCGAUAAAACUACGAAAAUUUCCAGAGGAAUCUGCUGAGGCAGAUAAUAAAGACACGAAAACACGUGGCUCCCGUGAAUCCGCUGAGAAAGACAAAAAGGAAAAGAAAUCGCUUGACUCGAAAGAAUCUGCCGAGAAAAUCAAAACAGACAAGAAACCGCAAGAAUCCGCCGAAACAGACAAAAAGGAGAAGAAAUCGAGGGGAUCACGUGAAUCGGCUGAAAAAGAUAGAAAGGAGAGGAAACCACGUCGACUCAAAGAUUCUGCUGAGAUAGACAAGAGAGAGCGGAAACCGUCGCUGUCAAAAGAAUCUGCUGAAGUAGCUAAAAAGAAGCAAUCAACAACUGCUUCGAGGGAUUCCAGAGAAUCUGCCAAAAGAGAAAAGAAGGAGAAGAAACCGUUUCUUUCAAAGGAGUCUGCUGAGGUGGCUAAGAAGGAGCAAUCAACAACUACUUCAAGGGAUUCCAGGGAGUCUCCCAAAAAGCAAAAGAAAGGAAAGAAAAUGUCACUCUCAAAGAAAUCGGCUAAAGCAGCCAAAAAGGAGCAAUCAGUAACUCCUUCUAUCUCGAGGGAUUCCAGGGAAUCCGCUAAGAGAGAAAAGAAAAAGAAGAUACUGUCACUCUCAAAGGAAUCUGCUGAGAUAGCUAAAAAGGAGCAAUCAACAACUCCUUCAAAAGGAUCCACCGAAACAGAAAAGGAGGGGAAACGACGACUGUCAAAAGAAUCUGCUGAGAUGGACAAGAACGAGGCACAAUCAAUCCCUUCACGGGAAUCUGCUAAGAUAGACAGCAAGGAGAAGAAAUUGAGCCUGUCGCAGGAAAUCGAACCAAGACAAGACAUUGUUCUGAAUUUGAAGAGGGUUGAUUCUAAAAUCCUGGAUGGCGCUACUCAACACAUGCUUGUGCUAGCUUUUCCCAAGAUCAGAGGUGGUGAAGAGAAGCUACUCGUUUACAUACCGUAUCGUAAAAAUCAAACAACGUCAUCGAUUUUUUCUGCAUUCGUUGUUUACACUACUUAUUGUGUAAUGUACGAAUUAGAUUCACGUAGUGAAAAUACUUUAUACGACGUGAUGCUACGAUCUCAACGUCUUGCCUAUGCCCUGUUCACUGAAUCGAGAGAAUGGAAUGGCAAUGCAAGUGAGAAACCGGAUAGAGUCUCUUCGAUGCUAUAUUGGCAUUUCGCUAACGGUAGUGAUUUUUUCACGAUGUUGGAUCUUGGCCUGGCUCAACCGUCCGAUUCCGACCCGGAUCAUGAUGCUAUUUCGCCCUUUCAUAUAACAUUAGGCACAGAACGAAGUAAUCCGGUAUCCUCAUCAGCCGGUCUAGUCAUGAUGCGCAAGAAAUUCGACGGAGCUCCUUUACAGCUAAUUAUGGCAGCGACAGCAUCUGGUUCAGUGCGUACUGUAGAAGCGGUCUCCACAACGAUUCUUCGUAUGUUAUGGCUCGAUGAAGAUCCAGGCGCAGCCGUUUGUGCACCUUCUGUUUACCAUGAUUACCGCGAUGAAAAAUGCUACUGUGAUAAAGGGUGUAAGAUUACGAGCUGUAGGAGAGUGCCUGCUGAAGAUUUGGAAGCUCGAGACCGCAUCGUCAUGGCUAUCAGACGUCGUUCGAUAAAUGGCGUUCUGACUGCUGCUACAGAUGAUCGUGACCCUGAUUUCAACUAUGCUGUCGGCUACUAG